AGCAGCACCAGUAGGAAGGCGCCCGUUGUUAAUCGGAGGAGGACGGGACUUUUCGUGCGGAGAGCUGGUGAGCGGCAGCGCACCGGACCGUCAUGGACAGGACGGCCAUGGUGAAGGUCGGAGCCGCAGCCAGCGCUAGUGUCUGUGUCGUGUUCGGCGGUGUGGCGCUGGCCCAGUACAUCGUAGCAAAGAAGAAGCGAGCUGGGAAGAAAACGAAGAUCAUAGAGAUGAUGCCUCAGUUUGAGAAACCCACGGUGCACAUGAGAGACCCUGAGAGGGUGGAGCAGAUCAUCUGUGGCCUCAUUAAAGGAGGAGCUUCCAAACUCCAGGUCAUCACAGACUUUGACAUGACAAUAAGCAAAUUUGCUGUCAAUGGAAAACGCUGUCCGACUUUGCACAAUGUUAUUGAUAACUGCAAACUAGUGACAGAGGAGUGCAGGCAGAAGCUGCUGCAGCUGAAGCAUAAAUAUUAUCCCAUUGAGAUUGACCCUCACCUGAGUAUGGAAGAGAAAUACCCUUUUAUGGUGGAAUGGUAUUUUAAGUCCCACUCGCUGCUUGUUGAGCAGCGGUUAGAGAAGCACAAACUGCCGGAGGUGGUGAGGGAGUCUGACCUAGUCCUCAGAGACGGAUAUGAGCAGUUCUUUGAUCGGCUGCAUCAGCACAACGUGCCUGUGUUCAUUUUCUCUGCGGGUCUGGGGGAUGUGCUGGAGGAAGUCAUCAGCCAGGCUCGCGUUUACCACCCCAAUAUGAAGGUUGUCUCUAACUUCAUGGACUUUGAUGACAAAGGCGUGCUAAAGGGAUUCAAAGGUGAGCUGAUCCAUGUGUACAACAAACACGAAGGUGCACUGCGGAACACUGACUACUUCAAACAGCUGAGGGAUUACAGUAACAUCAUCCUGCUGGGAGACUCACUGGGAGACCUCACCAUGGCCGACGGUGCUCCCAAUGUGGAGAACAUGCUCAAGGUCGGCUUCCUCAAUGACAAGGUAGAAGAGCACCUUGACAAAUACAUGGACUCUUAUGACAUUGUCCUUGUGAAGGACGAGACACUGGAAGUGCCCAAUGCUAUUCUCCAGAAGGUUCUAUAAUUCCAUUAUCCAAUUCACCCCUGAAUCCACAGCCCCUUUCUCUGCUUUCUCAUACCCACUGCAGCCAGACUCCGGACCUCUGUCUAAUUCCGCCACUACUCUAAUUUCCGGCCCUCUUUCUUCAAACAAAUCUCCUACAGCAUUUAAAAAAGACAUUUCACAUCAUCUGAUAUUUAUAAAAUCUUCACAGCUGCAACAAUUGGCCUCUGGAUUUUCUUUAGCUGAAAUAACUACUCAUGUUGAUUCCCCAAUGUUUUUUUCUUAUAAAAAGAGAUAUGAGGAAAAAAUACAGUUACGCCAUCCUCGUGGCUUACACAUUAUGGCUGUUAUUUUUUAAAAAUAUUUUUGAUGUUGUAAGAUUUGUCCAUGAUAAAGCAGGUUCAAGCAGGGAGGCAUAAUGUUACUAGGCUGUGUCAUAUUGACCUGUUUGUGUCCACUCAUGUCUGCCAAAGUUAGUAUUUUAAAAGUACAAGAAACUAUUUAGUAUCAUAAGGACCUUGAAAACUAUUUCCUGAUAAGCAAGUUGAAUGUCUUGCUCUGUGGCAGUACCAACAUAAUGACAACAGUAUUUCUAAAGAAAAAUGAAGAAUUUAGGUCAUACAAAUGAAACUGACAGGAUCACGACAACUGGGAAAUGCACUUUAAAUUCUUUUAUACAGAAAACAAAUGGCUAUAGCUUUGAUUUGUUGAUGUUGGAAACAGUCUUGUACAAAAAAAGGUAUGUUUACAUAUUUAUUUAAUUCUAAUGUACUAAUUUGAUAUACUUUUAAUUCACAAAGGAGGAAUAAAAUAAAGAUUUUCAUUCUACAAAUGAAAUAUUCAUGAUGUUCUCAGCAUAGCUCAUUCACCCAAACACUGUUGUUGAAUGUUAGAGAUGAUGUUUAAACCCGAAGCUGACCUCUUGUGGCUGCUACAAUGAAUUACAACAUCAUAAACAAGUUGAUGCCUUUCAGAUUUGCUUGUAAAUAAAGAUUCUUAUGUUGAUUAUAUCUAAGGUGUUUCAAGAAAAAGGGGUAAAAAUAAUGUUCCUUGUUCUGUAAGUCCCAGUAUAACACCUGUUCAAGUGUUUUUUUUAAAUCACUUUUUUUAAAUUCAGUGGUUAAAGUUGAGCACUGCCUCUGACAUUUUUUUUCUGGAGUUUCAAAGCUAAAUGAUCUCCGUUUGUUUCAGUGUUCGGUGUUCCCCUUUGAUUUGUUUGUGUUUUAAAUGUGCUGCUAUCACCUGCAUGUUGCCUUUUCUUAUCAUAGUGUUUAUGUCUGAGAAAUGGGAGACUAAAAACAUAUUUAUCAUUUAAAUGGGGAAUACUGUCACACUGUGUAUAUGGGAAAUUAUAUGGAAAUGUAUAUUGUUUUACUGCUUAUGAUAUAUUUUCUGACUGGUGUGUUUUAUUUUUAUAAGCUGAUGGUUUUCUUUGAUGCUGUGAAUAAAACAUGCAAUAAAUUUCCUGAAGCCAUGACUGAAUCACAGAAGGGAA